AGGGGGGCAAAAUGCUAAUAUAUGCUUCUCUCUAAAUUUGUUAUCAUCCCAAUUUUUCUUUAUACUUUUUUAUAUUAGAAACUUGUUUAAGUCAAAUAUCUCCAAUACUACUCCAUAAUACUCUUAUAUUACUGCGUAUGGAGUAUUAUUUAUGAUGGAAUAACUACUUCAUUCCUUGCAUCAUGCUUUCUGAUGGUUGUCGAAAACAAAGCUGAAUGUACAAAUUGAAUACAAAGAUGACAUCCGGAAAGAUAUCACUCACAUACUCUUGCAUCCAUCAAAUAGGGAGCUAGUGAAAAAUGCAUCAUAAAAGCGAAAAUGACAAGAUGUGGGAAAUCAUCUCCAAAUCUGGCAUGGUUGUUUCGAUUAUUGAGAAUAUUGCCAAACUUGCUGGUUUGGCUGUUUCUGUACACAGUUAUGGAUCUCUCAUGACAUUCAACAAACUGCUGUCUAAAUUUCUUCUCAAGCCGGAGAAGGCGCUGAAGUUGCAGGCAUCAAAAGUCACACUUGAGCAAAAGAGUAAUCACCUGCCGUCCUCGCUCAAGGACUUGCAUGAUAAUGUGCGAAAGAUUGCAGGAUUGAACGCUCAGAAGACACCGAACGGUGGAAAGAGUGGCGGUGGAUAGAAAGGCGGUGGGCAGAACGGUGGUGGACAGAACGGCGGUGGGCAGAACAGCGGUGGAAAGAAUGAUGAUAAUGGGGAUGACUAGAAACUUAUAAGUAGACGAUAUUUGCCGCAAUCGAUCAAUCGAAAUGUCGGUGUGGCUCCUGUUAUCUGCCGGCUGCCGCUAGGGUUCCUUCACUUUUCUCUCAUGGCUAUAUAUUGGUUCUAACUUCUUUGCUUGUUUAGUAUCUAGAGAGAUUAACAUUUAAUGCAUUACUAUUUAAUAACUUGGGCUCAUGAUCAUGCAUUGACAUUUGCCAAAAGGCACCUAAAAAAUUGUUCCAUCAUUAUUGUUGAUGUACGCUUGGC